AUGGCCACAUCGUCUACUGCAAACGCGACAGCCACAGCUAGCAAAUCAGCUCUCCCGCCUACACCAGCUGCAAGGCGUAACUACGCUAAAAGCGGUGGUAGUGGUAGCGGCAGUGGUAGCCGUGUUGAAAGUGGUAAUGGUAGUCGCGAUGAUGACGUCAUUCUUACUGGUGACGCGAAAAGCAGUAGUGGUAGUCGAAAUGGUGACGUCGGUGUUAAUGGUGCAGCCGUUGAUGGUAGUAAGAAUGGUAGCGACAGAAAUAUUAGUGGUACUGGUGGUGGCAGGAGUGGCGAUUAUGCCGCUGGUGGUGGUGUUAAUGGCUCGCCGGCGCUCAGUAAAACAUCUGUGAGUAUGUUUGAUGAUGAUGAUGAUGAAGAUGAUGAUGACGAUGAUGAUGUUGAUGAUGAUGUUGAUGAAGAUGAUGACGAUGAUGAUGAAGAUGAUGAUGUUGAUGAUGAUGUUGAUGAUGAUGUUGAUGAUGAUGUUGAUGAAGAUGAUCACGAUGAUGGUGAAGAUAUUGUAGAUGUUAAAAAAUAA